GCUUUGCUGCCCAACAAUAGAUGGUACACAUUGUAUUUGUCACUCAAUGUACGUUUAAUCCGAUUGAGAAAAUUUAUUUUUUAGAGUUAAUAUACGUUAAUAGCAGUUAAUAACAAAUAAUAUGGCUGAUGAGCAAUGCAUAAAGAAGCCAAAACUUGACGAAACUCCUGUCAUAAAAGAAGGAAAAGCAGAGAUAUUGUUUAAAGAGAAAGUAUUUUAUAAUCCAGUUCAAGAGUUCAAUAGAGAUCUUAGUGUAGCAGUGCUGUCACUAUUUGCCACAAACGGAUGGAAUAAAGCAACGGAUGGAAUAAAAACAAGUAAGUCGGAGAAAGCUGAUAAAAAUAGUACGUUACACAAUACAGAAGAAAACACAGAGAAUCUAAAGGGAAUCACUAUAUUGGAGGCUUUAUCUGCAACUGGCUUACGCAGCAUACGAUAUGCUAAGGAAGUGGAAGGUGUACGACAGAUUGUAGCCAAUGAUAUUUCCGCACAAGCAGUAGAAAGCAUUAGACGAAACGUCGUGCAUAAUAAAGUUGAAAAUUUGGUAACACCUUAUCAUGAGGAUGCUACGUUGUUGAUGUAUCAACAUAGGCGAAAUCGUUUUGAUGCAGUUGAUUUAGAUCCAUAUGGUUGUCCUUCAAAGUAUUUGGAUGGAGCGGUGCAGUGUGUAUCCAAUGGUGGUAUACUUUUGGUUACAGCUACUGAUAUGGCUGUAUUAGCUGGUGUAUCGGAAACUUGUUACUAUAAAUAUGGAGCAAUAUCUAUAAAAUCCAAAUCUUGUCAUGAGAUAGCGUUAAGAAUAUUACUGCAAUGUAUUGCCUCCUAUGCAGGACGCUAUGGAAGGUACAUAGUACCAUUGUUAUCUAUAAGCGUGGAUUUUUAUCUUAGAGUAUUCGUUCAGGUCUUUACAAGCCACGAGAAGUGUAAAGAAAAUGCCACUAAAAUGGGGAUGCUCUAUCAAUGUAAUGGAUGUGAAAGUAUACAUUUCCAAUCAUUGGUGACGAAGAAAGCUCCGAAAAAUUACAAAUUACCAAAUGCACCUGCAAUAGAACAACUAUGUAAAUACUGUCAGCAUCGUCAACACAUGGCAGGCCCAAUAUGGUUGGGUCCUUUGCACGAUUAUGAAUUUGUAUCGCGAUUGCUAAGCAAUUUGAGUACGGAAUUGGGUACAUGGAAAAGAAUGGAAGGUGUUUUGACUGUAAUACAUGAAGAACUAGAUAUUCCUUUGUAUUAUAAAUUAGAUCGUUUGAUGUCCAUAGUUAGAUGCCACGUUCCACCAAUGAUGAUGUUUCGAUCAGCGUUAUUGAAUGCAGGCUAUAAAGUAUCAUAUUCGCAUGCGUGUAAACUGUCCAUUAAAACAAAUGCGCCGAAUGAUGUAAUAUGGGAUAUCGUACGUACUUGGGAAAAAAAGCAUCCUGUAAAGAGGGAGAAAUUAGCUGAGGAUAGCCCAGCUGCACGGAUACUUAAUGCAUCGCUUACGACAGAUAUCUCCCUCGUUUUGCAUCCUCUCGCAAAUCCAGUUUCCCGGCAAAAACGUUUGUCACGCUUUCAACAAAAUCCCACUGUAAAUUGGGGACCUGGUGUUCGUUCCAGAACUAGAGUAGAUCUCGAAAAUAAAACGGAAGUUUCGAAGAAAGUGAGAAAUCAGAAUAAAAAUAGCAAAAAGAAAUCUGAUAUCAACAUUUCGAUUGUGCUUAUGUAUACAAUUAGAGAGCAACACCUAUCAAAAAUCACAAUGGCUCAAAUUCCGACAGUUACGUUUUCUAACGGGCAUAAAAUGCCGAUGUUGGGUCUCGGCACUUACAAAUCCGAGAGGGGAGAAGUGAAAACAGCUGUUAAAGAUGCGAUAGAUUUGGGAUAUCGGCAUAUUGAUACAGCUUUCUUUUAUGGCAAUGAGAAAGAAAUUGGAGAAGCUGUGCGUGAAAAAAUCAAUGAUGGUACCGUAACGAGGGAAGAUCUAUUUAUUACUACUAAGUUGUGGAAUAAUUUCCAUAAGGAGGAACUCGUUGUUCCAUCCUGCAAACAAUCACUGGCUAAUCUUGGUUUAGAUUAUGUAGAUCUUUAUUUGGUUCAUUGGCCAUUUGCUUUCAAGGAUGGAGAUGAUCCGUGGCCUACAAAAGCUAAUGGAGACAUUGUGGGAUCGGAUACUGAUUAUUUGGAAACAUGGAGGGGAAUGGAAGAGUGCGUUAACCAAGGAUUAACUCGCAGUAUCGGAAUCAGCAAUUUUAACUCUGAACAAAUAAGCCGCCUACUUAAAUCUGCCAAAAUUGCGCCAGUUAACAAUCAGAUCGAAGUUAAUAUAAAUGUGAACCAAGAGAAAUUAGUAGAUUUUUGCAAGAAACAUGAUAUUACGGUAACUGGUUAUUCUCCUUUGGGACAACCUGGAAAUGCAUCAGGUGUUAAAAAUAGAUUAGAUAGUCCCGUGGUGCUGCAAAUUGCACAAAAAUACAAUAAAACUCCUGCGCAAGUAGCGCUUCGAUAUGUGUAUCAACAUGGAGUUGCGCCAAUACCAAAGUCGGUAACUAAAAAUCGAAUUAAACAGAACAUGGAAAUAUUUGACUUUUCUUUAACACUCGAUGAAAUGAACGCUAUCCGAAAACUCGGCACUGGAGAUAGAGUAGCAGGCUUUACUCCAGCGCAGCAUUUGAAGUAUUAUCCCUUCAACAUUCCAUUUUAAAUGUCUGAUUUUAUAUUACACAUUAUAUAUAAGAACAAAAUAUGUAAAAAUAAGCUUUACAGAAUGAGAUAUGCAUGAUACUUAUUUUAAUUACAUACACUUGAAAUACAGUUAAAAAACUCAUUUUUAAAAACUUUAA